UUCAUUUAUUGGUAUAACUGCUGCCAGUAAGUUAUCUGACCCUUUAAAAAGAAAGGAUGCAGCAGGUGUAUGAUUUCAAAAACACUCCUCCAAAUGUAAGAUUCAGUUCACUCAAAGCAAGUCAUAAGUAACUAUUUUAAUAACACAACAAAAACUAUUUGUUUGGGAACCGUUGGCAACCAAAUGACAACUGAUGGUACACGUGUGGCAAAAUGAACGGCCCUCGAGCGCACGCAAAUGCACGAGAGAAAGCGAGAGAGAGAGAGAGAGAGAGAGAGAGAGAGAGAGAGAGAGAGAGAGAGAGAGAGAGAGAGAGAGAGAGAGAGAGAGAGAUAUCCUACACAAUGGCGGAAAAUUAAAGGUAUGUCUGCGAAAAGCUUUGGUUCCUUAUCCGGGGACUGCUUCUCCUGCUACCAUUGGGCCGACACGUCACGUGGUCAAAGUAACUUUACAGGGUUGCUCGCUAGUAGGAGGGCUUUAUGGAGCAGAAAAACGCCAAAGCUAGAAAAAUUAUUUCCCACUCCAGAAAUUAAUGAUCAUGAGCUCGUAUUUGAUGGACUCUAACUACAUCGAUCCGAAAUUUCCUCCUUGCGAGGAAUAUUCGCAAAAUAACUACAUCCCAGAGCACAGUCCCGAAUAUUACGGCCGCGCCAGGGACGCCAGCUACCAGCAUCACCACCAAGAGUUGUACCCUCCGCGGGCAAACUACCAGGAGCGCCAGUACAACUGCGCCAGCAUCCCUGAGCCCGAUGCCCAGAGAGGACAUGGACUACCUCAUUCGGGCCACCUGCUCGGGAAAGGGCAGCCUGUCUCAUGUGAUCUCCCCCAGUUGCCCAUGUCCCCGGCCACUCCACCAGCAGCCUCCUCAGCCUGCAAUCAAGCCACUCCGGAACAUCCUAACAGCACAGCCUCAGCCAAGCAGCCAGUUGUUUACCCAUGGAUGAAGAAAAUUCACGUCAGCACCGUGAACUCUAAUUACAAUGGAGGGGAGCCCAAGCGGUCUAGAACUGCUUACACCCGUCAGCAAGUGUUAGAACUGGAGAAGGAAUUCCACUAUAAUCGCUACUUAACGCGACGAAGACGUAUCGAGAUCGCUCAUUCCCUGGUUCUCUCCGAGAGGCAGAUCAAAAUUUGGUUUCAGAACCGGCGGAUGAAGUGGAAAAAAGAUCACAGGCUACCAAACACCAAAGUCAGAUCCUCUUCCUCCGGCAUGUCCUCCGGCUCCAACACAGGCUCGUCGGCAGGCGUUGUAGCGGCCGCCUCGACCAGUAACGCCAUGGCAGCCAACGAGGAGCUCUCCGGAUCCGAGCGAGAGGAUAUUACGAGGUUAUGAGAGAACUAUUCCUCGGAGAGAAGAAAGGGAACAGCUCAAAUGACUGAUUUAUUUAUAUAACAGGAUAUAUAUUUUUUGCUUUUCUUUUUUUCACUUUAUUAUAUUUUAUUUUAUUUUAUUUUUGGUAGGUAUUUUGUGCGCCCGAAGGGUUUGCUUUAAGUCCACAGUUAUAUAAAGUGCAUGUUAUAUAGCAUGGAUUAUUGCAAAUACCUAUUACUUUUACGCGAAACAGGGUUUAAUUUAUCUACUGACACAGGAUGUUUUUAUCUCCAGAUAAAAGGGUUUUGGGAUAAGGCAGUUUAUGGACACUAUAUUCAUGUUAUUGAGGGCCUCUCUAUGCCCAGCUGCCAAGGUGAAGUGCACAAAUGUUCUAUUUAUUUCACACAUGAGACUGAAGGAAGUUGCUUUUAUACUGUACAUGAAAAAAAUAAUAUCGACAAUUCCGAUAUAAAACUGACCUUGAACAUCUUUGUUGAUCUGAGAACAACAUGCUGUGACUUAAGUGUCGUAUGAAAAGGUUAAAAUCUUAAAUUAUCUUUUACUUUUGUUGUGAUGGCGUUGUGUUUAGGCUAUUAAACCAGAUUAUUGUGAGAUGCAAUAAAUCGACUUUAGUGUAUUUGUGAUAAUAUUGGUCAAUAAAAGUAAGUGUCUGUUAGUUUUA